AAAUUAAUCGAUUACUAUAUGUCAUCUGAGUUGCGCUGCCUGAGUACCGGGCAAAGACUUUUGUUUUUAUUUAAUUUUAAAAUAAAUAGUUGUGUAUGAAACUACUACGUAAAGACACAAUAAAUUUAAAUGUCGAAAUUAGUAUUAAACCAGCUGACACAUCCACAGCGUGUGCGAUUGCUAUAUAAAACCAUAUUAAGACUACACCGAGGCCUACCAACAGAAUUGAGAGCUCUAGGCGACAACUACGUGCGCGAUGAGUUUCGACGGCAUCUAAAAUGCAAUCCAAUGGAGGCACAACUUUUCAUGACUGAAUGGGCGCGCUACGCGUCGACGAUCACUCAACAGCUGGGACUGCGCGGUAAACCGAAGGGCGAGCUGGGCGAACAAUUGGAUGUACAAGCGGUGGAAAUGCUCAAGGAUGACCAGGUGGUGCAGCUCUAUGAGCUGAUGCUGGCUGCAAAGGGACUCCACGGUGAUACGAUAACAGCGGAUGAUGUGCGUGGCAGUAACAAAUAAAAAUAUUGUUUUGUUUAUUGUUUUUCCAAUA